AUGGAAACGGCCCAAAUCAAAGAGGAGAAGGUGGAUGUCGAGCUGACUGCUCCCCCCAGGGAGUCGGAGGAGCUACGCAUGAGCAGGGUUCAGGUAAAGACAGAGAACAUGGAGCAAAUGUUGGACCAUGUGAAGUUGGAGGAAGAGAAACAUGCAGCGAUACAGCAAGACCCGCAGCAUCAAGCUUCUACUUUGGCACCUGCCAACACGGAGCAGCAGGAGGGUGUUUGGUCCUCGAGUUUACAGCUUCCUUCAUCAGCGCAUCGGGAAGAGAGGGUCGCGACGGACCCAGCCCGGGCGCCGGUCCUGCCGUACACGUGCGCCGAGUGCGGUAAGGCCUUUGGGCGCAAGGCCUACCUGCGCAGGCACCAGCGCCUGCACUCGGGCCUCACGGCCUAUCGCUGCAGCCUGUGCGACAAGAGUUUCAAGGACGCGGCGGCGCUACGCAUCCACUGGCGUACGCACACCAAGGAGACACCCUACCAGUGCGCCGAGUGCGGCAAGAGCUUCACGCAGCUGGGCAGCCUGAAGGCCCAUCAUCGCGUGCACACCGGCGAGAACCCCUACACCUGCACCACCUGCGGACGCAGCUUCAACCAGCUGGGCAACCUGCGGCAGCACGGGCGCAUCCACUCCGGCGAGAGACCCUUCGUUUGCCGCGACUGUGGCAAGAGCUUCCUGUGGCGCCGCCAGCUGGAGACGCACAAGCGCAUCCACUCGGGGGAGAUGCCGUACACCUGCCCCACCUGCGGCAGGGGCUUCCGCCAGGCUAGUGGGCUGGCCAGGCACCGGCGCAGGCACUCGCAGGAAACGCCCUACAGGUGCGCCGACUGCGGCCGCGGCUUCCGCAGCUCGGGCGGCCUGCGCAAGCACCAGCGCGUGCACUCGGGCGAGACGCCGUAUCACUGCGGCCAGUGCGGCAAGCAGUUCAGGAGACUGCGCUCGCUGACGCUGCACGGGCGCGUGCACAGCGGCGAGAGGCCCUACGUGUGCACGCAUCCUCAGUGCACCAAGAGCUUCAAGCAGCUGGAGCAGCUCAAGGUGCACCUGCGCACGCACACCAAGGAGACCCCGUACCGCUGCAGCGAGUGCGGCCGCUGCUUCAGCCAGCUGGGGAGCCUGCGGACGCACCAGCGCACCCACAGCGGCGAGCGCCCUUACCGCUGCACUCGGCCGCACUGCAGCCGCGGCUUCCACAAGCCGGAGCAGCUCGCCGCUCACCUGGGUGCGCACAGGGACCCUGCGGGAGGUGGGGACUGUCCCAACGCUGACACCGACACGGCGUUUUACUGA